GUAUUGAAGCUCAGAUAGCUAAUUUGAAUCCGUAUAAAAUACAUUAAUAGGGAUAGCAUUUUCAAGCCUGAAUUCACACGUUUUAUCAUCUAGAUUGACCGUACUCCACCAGUAAGCAUACUUUUUAAGACCUUCAAGUACCUUAACUAUCUCUUUUCCUAGACCCAAUUCAACGCCAAAAUGAACCACCACAACUACCAAUCCGGGAUUGGCGCAAAUGAACAACUUUACCAACUCCCAGACGGCAUAACUAUCCAAGCAGCACCUUUGCCAGUCCACCCCAUCUACUACAACGGCAUCCAGGUUCCCCAAUACGCUACUCUCACCCAAGUAGAUAUCUAUAGCGGCUAUAUCAUGCCCAUCCACCCUAAUUUCGGCCCAUUUCCCCUCCCCAACGAUCAUCCCGUUGUCCCUUAUUCAGCCGAGGAGGGUAUGCAUUGGAUUGGAUAUCUUGCGCCUGAUCCUGAAAAUCCAAUUCUGAUGGACAAUGAGGCCUAUUAUAUGAAUACAUAUGACAUCAAUGGUCCACUCUAUGCCCCCUCUGAUUAUCCACAGCUUGCUUCUCCUACCGAAGGAUUUCCUCCUUCCAUUGCCCCUUUCCAACCAGAAUACCAACAGCCCACUUACUUCAACCCCCCUUCCCCUGUUCUCACCGGCCGUCUCAGCGGCGAUCUUCCCGACCUGCAAAAUAGCACUCUCAACAAUGGUACCGGUCUAGAUGACCCACCUAUCGCUAAUCCAACUGCUGAAUUGGUAGUGCAGGGGUAUUUGGACGAGAAUAUUAUAUCGGCGAUGGAAAAUCGCAGAUUUUUGCUUUAUUGGAAUGCGAUUCCGCAUCCGCCUGAGUUGACGGAUGAGUAUUGUGAGGGGAUUAGGAGCGAGCUUGAGAGAAUGAGACCGGUUUGGGCGAGGGAGUUGGAGGCUGGGGUUCCAUUGAGUGAGUUUAGUGUUAUUGAGGACGGGGGAGAUGUUGGAAGUAAUGUGGCUGGAGCUGCUAAUGAGGAGAUUGAGGAGCAAGAUGGGAGUAUGGAGUGGAUUGAUGAGGCGUAGAAUGAGGAUGAUAAUGUGGAUUAUGAUGAUUGAGAAGGUGUAUGGACCAUUAUUUUGUGCCUUUAGCACAUUUCUUCUAUAUACUUUUAGAUAGGUCAUCAUAUUAUCAAAGGCAAUUAGCCUCGAUAGGAUAUUAGAAACUACUGGUAGCUUCAAGAUCUUGGGAAAAAAAACUUCAUU